AUUAGUCUCCGGCCAUUUUGUCUCUCUCCCUCCCUCUGUUCUCUCUCCACUUCCGCCCGCGAUUCUGCUUCUCUCUUUGGCCUCCACAGACCGGCGAUUUCACCUCUCAUCCGAUGUACAAUAGCCGGAGACCUAGCUCUGUCGCCGGAUCUUCUCCUGCAACCGCCUCUUUCUACACCGACGUCAGCUCCUCCACCGCCGCCUCCUCCGACAAGUCCACCUCCUCCGUCGCCCGUCGUAUCGCCGGCCUUUUCAUCAACUGCUUCACUCCUCCUGAUCCCGUCGUAUCUAAAAGCUCCGACUCCUACUCCGAAUAUAGCAGCCGGCCGCGAAGGAGUUCGCAAGGAAGCAACCAGAGGCAUUAUGGCAAUUCAAAGGACGCAGAGAGACCGAGAUUCACUUUUGAAGAAAUCUGCGCGACGACCAAGAACUUCUCACCGACGUUCAAGAUCGGUCAGGGAGGUUUCGGGACUGUGUACAAAGGCAAGCUCAGAGAUGGCACCACCGUUGCAAUCAAACGCGCCAAGAAGAGUAUCCAUGACGACCGCGAAGGAGCAGAGUUUCUGAGUGAGAUACAGACGUUGGCUCGAAUACAACAUAUGAAUUUGGUUAAAUUCUACGGAUAUUUGGUUCACGAGGAUGAAAAGAUUCUGGUUGUCGAGUAUGUGGCCUAUGGAACUCUCCGAGAACACUUGGACGGCAAGCAUGGAAACAUUCUCGAUCUUGCUACCCGGCUAGAUAUUGCCAUCGAUGUUGCCCAUGCGAUAACCUAUCUUCACAUGUAUACAGAUCAUCCGAUCAUCCACAGAGACAUCAAGUCCUCCAACAUUCUCCUGACAGAGAACUUCCGGGCAAAAGUGGCUGACUUUGGAUUUGCCAGGCUGGCCGCUGACAGUGAAACCGGAGCCACCCAUGUUUCCACGCAAGUAAAAGGAACUGCAGGGUACUUGGAUCCCGAGUACUUAACGACCUAUCAGCUAACCGAGAAGAGCGACGUUUAUUCCUUUGGUGUGCUACUCAUCGAGCUUGUCACAGGCCGGCGUCCCAUCGAGGCUAACCGCGAACACAAAGAACGCAUAACCAUUAAAUGGGCGAUCAAGAAGUUCACGAAUGGAGAUGCAAUAACCAUCCUGGACCCGAAGCUGGAACGCAAUCCGGCGAACAACUUAGCAGUGGAGAAGGUUUUAGAGAUGGCGUUCCAGUGCGUAGCUCCCCACAGACGGUCUCGACCCAGCAUGAAGAGAUGCAAUGAGAUCCUGUGGGGAAUCCGCAAGGAUUACAGAGCAGAGUCCGCCAUGGACACCCGUUCCGUCUCUUGCCAUCCUCAGACAAGCAAUUCAGUCUCGGACUGAGUUCCCCAUGUAUGGUAAAUAGUGUUUAUUUUCUCAACAAUAUAGUUUCUUCCUUAACACGUUCUGUUUACUUGGUUCGAUGCUGUGUUACUGAUUUCAGACAAGGUGUUGCUCUCUUUCCGCAUGGUUUUUAUAUUCUUCACACUAUGCGGUGGAAUAAAAAAUUGACAAGGCAUAUUAUGUUUCAACGUCAAAUAUAUUUAUUUCGGAGAAAGGGUUGCGUAGCUUGCAACGAA